UCUGAGGAGGAAUCCCAGGAUUAUGUGUCCACAUGUUGUUCCAGUUGUACCUUAUAUUUUUCUUCUUUAAGUUGGAAGUGUGUGUGGAGUUAUGGUGCUGGACUAACACGAAGAAGAGGACUUUCUGCACAGAGAGAAGAGUUCCUCCAGCACCGAGUCAGGCUAUUCCUUGGAGUUGUGAUCUGAGGAUAAAGAUCUACAAGUUUUGAGAUUCAGCAGAACAUCAUGGACAAAGAUCCUUCUGCUUAUUCUGAGACAACCAUCAAUGGUUUUGGAAUGAAUUGACUUCAUAUUCAUCUUUAACAUCUUCCUUUUGGAUACUAACCUUUUCCUGAGAACAUAUUUAGGGUUUGUGUGCAACAUGGAGAACGCAUAUUAAAGCAGGAUAGAGUAAGAGGGGGUCGUCACUUUUCUUUCUAUCCUGAAAUGAAUAAUACAUUGUUGCAACAGCUAAACUCUCACUGCUGACCCACCAGGCAGAACAUGAUUGUGUGAGCAGAGUGUGUUUGGGUGAGGACUUGAUCAACUGAUUUUGACACCUGUAAACAGAACAAUAUGAAGGAAAGGAAAGUAGACACAGAUAAAGAAAGUUGGCACAACCCAAGACAAGACAAAAGGAGAAUAAAAAGAAGGAAGAUGACUCAUAGUUUAUCUGCCCUGGACUCAAACUGGGACAGUGACUCAGAGUUUGAGACGGAGCAGCCGGCCCGGGGGCAGCAGUGGGACUGGGCUUCAGAGCAGGUCCCUGCUGUGUUGAGUCCAACCUACAAGCAGCGCAAUGAGGACUUCAGGAAGCUCUUCAAGCAGCUGCCUGACACUGAGCGCCUCAUCGUGGACUAUUCCUGUGCCCUGCAGCGAGACAUCCUCCUGCAGGGACGCCUCUACCUCUCCGAGAACUGGAUUUGUUUCUACAGCAACAUCUUCCGAUGGGAAACCCUGCUGAUGGUUCGACUGAAGGACAUCUGCUCCAUGACCAAGGAGAAGACGGCCCGCCUCAUCCCCAAUGCCAUCCAGCUCUGCACUGACAAUGAAAAGCACUUUUUCAGCUCUUUCGGGGCGAGAGACCGGACAUACAUGAUGAUGUUCAGACUGUGGCAGAACGCUCUCCUAGAGAAGCCUUUAUGUCCGAAAGAGCUGUGGCACUUUGUCCAUCAGUGUUAUGGUAAUGAACUCGGUCUGACCAGUGAUGAUGAGGACUACGUCCAUCCUGAUGAAGACUUCAAUACCAUGGGGUACUGUGAGGAGCUGCCGGUGGAGGAGAACAUCGAGCCGAGCAACGAAACCAGCAACCAUCUCAGUAAGAACACUGAGGCCAAGCCCGAUGUGAGCCCCGUCCUGCCCCACAAAGCCUUCCCUGAUGUCAGCCCACCGGAGCUGCCUAGCACUGAGCCUCAAGCCCCUCAGUAUGACCUGGCCCCUGUGGAGGAGAUAUUGAGCCCUCUACUUGACACAGCCUUCCUGACCCUCCCCAUACCUGAGAACCUCGGUAGCCACGCCCCUUUACAGCCACUGGACCUCAACGACAACGAGGACCUGCCCACCGAAUUAAGCGACUCAUCUGAGACACAUGAUGAAGGUGAGGUCCAGGCUUUCCAUGAGGACCUGGGUGGCAGGCAGUUCAUCAACGAAGUGUACAAGUUUGGUGUGGAUAAGAUGUAUGACUUACUAUUCACUGAGUCUGACUUCAUGAGGGACUUCCGGGAGCAGAGGAGGUUCUCAGAUGUGGUGUAUCACACAUGGAGGACAGAGGAGGACGGUAACCAGUCAAAAGAGAUCAUGUACACUAUCGCCCUGAACAAUCCCCUGGCUCCAAAGACAGCCACCGUCACUGAGACACAGACUCUGUACAAAGCAAGCCAGGAGAAUGAGUGCUACAUCAUCGAUGCAGAGGUGAUCGCCCACGAUGUUCCCUACCACGACUACUUCUACACCCUCAACCGCUACAUGCUUACCAGAGUAGCCAAGAACAGGUGUCGUCUUAGGGUGUCAACAGAGCUUCGAUACAGGAAGCACCCGUGGGGGCUUGUGAAGGGCUUCAUUGAGAGGAACUUCUGGAGUGGCCUGAAUGAAUACUUCAGACACUUAGAGUUGGCGCUGAGUAAGUUGGAUGUGUUGCUGGAGCCUCACAGACAGUCGCCCAAGACCAAGGCUCUGAGGACAUGCACCAGCCGCAGGAGGAAACGAAUGCUAGUCCAUCACCUCAGAACGCCGGGGAACAUGGACAAGGCUUUAAGCCCCGUCAGCACUCCUGAGAACGAGGAGGACGAAGACAUCCACCUCACCAAACAUGUGGCAGGUCAGCCCUGCAGAGGCCACCAGCUGAUCUGUGGUUCCACACAGACCAGACACAUACCUGAUUCUCCAGGUGGUUUUGCACUCUACAACUUCUCCAAACUCCUGCUUCUCAUCGGCCUCGUCCUGAUACUGCUGGUGAUUCUCAAUGUCAUGCUGUUUUACAAGCUGUGGAUGCUGGAGUACACCACACAGAGAUUCGCUGCAUCGCAGGGAUUGAGACCAGAUGAAAGCGGAACUCCUGAGACCCAGCUGGAAUGGGUUCAGCUCGAGGACUCCCAGCAGCGAUACGAUGAAAAGGAUCUCCAGAAAUGGAAAGAGAUAAUCAGAUCAUCAGUGCUGCAGCUUGAUAAGAUAAAAGACUCCCUUCUUAAUCUCCACAAAAGCAUCGGCCUCAAGGAUCACGUGUCACACACUGAUUCUGAAAAAAGGAGAACCCAGAAUACCUGAUCGAUAACGUCAAGGCAUGCGGACAUGAUGUGCAAUAUUCAUCCUACCUUUUCUGAGCCCAAGGAGGGAAGGUGGCCUUUAAAAGGCAUUGCUGGGUGUUCAAUGAGAGCUGCAUCCCCGAUUCAAGUGACCUCAUCAGCCUGCGGUAGAUGAGAUGGCACUCACACACUACUAUGUCUCCCAAGAAAGACAAAAUCAUUGGUAGGAUUUGUCUGCAGCUUUCCUUCCAUCUUGAUCAUCCACACUCCUUCUCUCGACACGAUGCUGCAUCAAAACCUUUUUUUUGGUCACAUCCAGACAAAUAUCAGACUGACCCAAAGCAUGCAACUUCUUCUCACUUCUGGUGCUCUGCCAAUUGAGAAUCCAUAUUGGAAUUAUAUAUGCAUUCGCUUUCAGAGGUGCAAAAAUACAUAGACAUGUUCCUACCCUUCGAGGAUCUCAAACAGCUGCUGUAUCUCUUUGUUUUAUACCCUGAGAAACAUGAUGAGACUGUAACGAAUCCACAGCCUGCAGUAACAAAACCACACUGAAUAAACUCUGACUUUGACUUUAAUUAAAUGUAUUAUGUCAACAGAUUCCACAUAACUGUAUCAGGUUAUUUGAAAGCAAUGAUAUUAAGUUUAAAUAAAACAUAUAAGGUCCAACUUAAUAUUAUUGUUUUCAACUAACCUAAAGCAGUUAUGUGAAACUUGUUGACAUAGUACAUUUAAGUCACAGUUUCAGUUUACUCAGUCAAAAUGUAACCUCAUACAUUUGCAUAUGUGUGUAUGUGUGUGUUUGUGUGUGUGUGAUUUUUAGUAGUCAGGGAUAUUUUUACUGGGCAUACUACGCAGAUCAGGGCUGGUUUCCCUGAGAGCUCAUGCCAUACUUUAGUGAUUUUAUUUGAUUUCGUAUGUUCAUGUGACUUUUAUGACUUGAAGUAUUCUGAGCUGUCGCUGGAGCAAUGCUCUGCUAACUGAGUUAGUGACGUAUUAAUGCAGAGGGUUUGUAAGUAGAGAGAAUGCAUGGAAAGGAAACCAGGAUUCUUAGGUCAGGGUGGCACAGCUCCAACUUUCCUAAUGUGUUGCCAAGGAAAUAAAGAAACGUUUUGUUCACAGCCAACCAUUAAUGUCAUACCAGUGUUUAAAUGAUUUACUCCAACACAUUUCACUGCUUCGGCACUGCCAAGGCUCUCCCGUCAACAAUUUUAUCCUAUUAAGGAUAGUCAACGUUAUAUAAGCCAUUUCUGAGUGUUGCAUCAAUCCAUGUGUGAUGGUAAGGCAAGGCAAGUUUAUUUAAAGAGAACCUUUCAACACAAGGCAAUUCAAAGCGUAAUGUAUUAGCACUGGGGGUCUAACUGUCCUGUCAUGAAGCAGACUAAAUGUGAGUUGCAGUGAAUUUAAAUCAGUGCAAUCUUUCUGCACUGUUCCGUAUUUUCUUAAGUUGUCAUGUAAGCAUGGUGUUUCGACAGACAAACAUUUCUCAGUGGCAGAGGUUAUAAGAAACAGAAAUGAUCUCAAUCAAUCCAGCAACAGGUGUAGUUGUAGAAAAAACUGAAACAUUGACUUUAAUUAAAUGUAUUAUGUCAACAAAUGUCAUAUUAGGUUAAUCUGUUGACAUGAUACAUUCAAUUGAAGUCAACGUUUCAGUUUUUUCAGUGUAGAUUUUAGUGCAGGGCAGUUGUUUUUUAGAGGGAAGCUUUUUUAAAACAUUAAGUUGUCCAGGAAAAUUUGGCUCUAAUAGUUUAUAUUUACCUACCAGUGGUUUCUGCCUCUGAGGAAUGUUGGUCUAACACAGCAGCACACUGUUUGUCCUGUUAGUGUUGAUACUAUUUUGAGAAAAUGUGUCGGUUAGAAUAUUCAGUUCAGAAAUGUAAUCAGCCACUGCAGCUAUAAGAAUUAGUUUGAUGAUAUUUUCAUCAAUUUAUGAAUGAAUCACACCCUUGCCUGCACUGUCUGGGAACAGCAUAAUAUGUUUAAUGUCUUGCAGGACUUCCAUGCCUUUUUUUUAAAUAAUAAUUGUCCAACCUCUCCAAGUGUUUUCUGACUCAAGGAUGAAUGCCAAACUCUUGAAAUGUAUUACAAAUGUCGAAAUGUCAGAAAAAUCUAAUAGUAAGCAGCAUUUAUUUUUGGUGUUGCAAGGUUUAAAAUGUCCAAUUUGAGGAUUGAUUUACAAGGGAAGUCCUUUGAGAUGUUUGCUUUGCACAUUAUUGAGUGACUGAUGGAGAGAAAAUAGUGUACGUACUAUUGACAUAACAAACAAAACUCAUCUUUAUAUUUCUAUCAUUCUUUGCAUUUACACAAUGAUCUUCCCAGCAGCCUUGACAUUAAUAAAUAAGGGAAGUUUUUGCUAGAUAAACAUUUUGAUUUUUUCAAGCCCUUCCCCAAAAUGUACUGUUGUGCAAAAUAGAUCUGUGCAUCUACAGUAUGUGGGUUUGUUUCUACAGGAUAAGACAAACCAUAAAUCAGGACCAUCACAUGCAUGAAAGACGAUCAGCACUGAAUAGAUCCAACAGGUUGAAUACAUACACGGAAAGUACAGUUACAGUAUGAAUCCAGUUUGUUUUCUUCAAAUAUUCAGAUGCAAGUGCACACUUUUCUUUUCAGUUUUGUAUCUGAAAAACACAUAAACCAUCUAUGUCCUAUUUUCUCUCCAUAUUUGUUUACACUGUAAACUUUAAACUGUUUAAGCCAUUUUUAAAACAAAUGAUGUUGAGGUGAUGUAAUUUUACUUUCAUGACUUGUUAAUGGAAUAUCUUGUAUAAUACCACCAAAGUCACGUGGCUCCUCUACUGUAUAUAAAAUGCAUGGCUACUCUAUUAAUGCUAGCGAUUAAGAUCAUGUCGAACUCAAUGCAUCUGAACUAGAGGUUUCAGUUUGACGCAUGAAAUCACUGUAGAUGAGCCUGAACAGUAGAGACCCUGAAGUGUAAGCACCAGUCAGUCACAGUGUGGCCCAUAUGUGUAUGUGACAAAUAUGUUUUGUCAAUCAAUUACACACAAUGAAUAUUUACCAGCUGACAUCACAAUGGAACUUAUAAACGAUGAUGGUUUGAUUAAUUAAUUUAAAGGUGACAAAUGUGGACAUAUUUCUUAAAGGAGCAGUGUAGGAUUAAGGGGAUCUAUUGGCAACGUUAGAAUAAAAAUAUUCAUUAGCAUAUAUUUUUAAGAGUUUCAUCAUGUGUUUUUCUAUGUUCAAUUAUUUUUCUGUGUAUGGGGAUUUAGUUGGUUACAAUCUGCAAACUGACCACUAGAUGUCACUAAAUUAUACACACGUUUAUAGUCGAGUUUCCAUGCUAUCACAGAAGGCACCCUCAACUUUCAGCACUCCACACACACACACACACACACACACACACACACACACACACACACACACACACACACACACACACACACACACACACACACACACACACACACACACACACACACACACACACACACACACACACACCUGCAGUAUUCAUUCAUCUUGCCUUCAUUCAUCUCACUUGGUUGUAAAGCGUUGUAUACUCCUGUGUGUGCUUACGAUACCUGACCUGUCUUCUGAAACCUAUUUUGAUCUGCAUAUAUGAACAAAAAGUAUUUAUACAGAUAUUAUAAUGUAAUGCAUAUUGUUGUGUAGAGUUAUAGUACAUAUUAUAUGGGCUUAAACUACGCUGGCAGUGGUUUGAGGAUAAAAAAAAAGUUAUUUUAACGAAAAAAAGUGAUUAAAGACAGAGGAAUGAAUAAAAGUGCAAAAUAAUUCAUGAA